AUGGCCGAUUGGGACGAAAUCAAACGUUUAGCGGCCGAUUUUCAGAAAGCGCAACUAUCCACCGGUAUACAAAGACUAUCGGAAAGGAACUGCAUCGAAGUGGUAAGGCUGCUUAUUGAAAAAGGACUGGUAGAUGUAAUCUACACAAACGAUGGCAAGGAAUACCUCACACAAAGCCACCUCGAGCAGGAGGUGAAAGACGAGCUGUACGUCCGGGGUGGUCGCGUGAACUUAAUCGAGCUAGCCAAAGUCCUAAACGUAGAUUUCGGAAAAGUUGAAUUCAUUGCAAAGCGGCUGCUCGACGACGAAGACGGUAUGCAUCUUAUUCUCGGCCAGCUUAUCGGGGAAAGCUACAUUCAGCGUGUCGCAUCGGAAAUCAACCAGAGUUUGGUGCAGCACGGCGAAGUCAACGUGGGGCGGCUGACCACUCAGUACGAUCUGCCGACGGAGUUUAUUCUUAAUCAGAUUAUUUUGAAAAAUCUGCAGAAAAUCAUCUUCGCCAAGCAGGACCCAACAAAUUCGCACAUAUUUUUCACGCAGUCAUACAUCACACGAAACAAGGCAAAGAUUCGAGGUGCGCUUGUAGCGAUCACAAAACCCACCCCGAUUUCCGUGAUUCUUAAUCUGACCGAUGUACCCGCGCGGAUAUUGUACAUGGUGCUGAAUGAAAUGUCCUCGCUCGGCGUGGUUACAGCUCAGUCACCGACAGGACAAUACAUUCCACACAUUUACGCACGCAUGCAAGCCCAGUGGACAAACGAUUUCUACAAGCAGAACGGGUAUCUAUUGCAUGAAUCCGUUGCAAAGCUGGGUGUAUCAAACGUUCGAACGUUCGUGCAAAGUCACCUAGCAUCGGAAAAGUUAACUCACCUGCGGAACUGCAUCGUGGGCGAGCGAUUGAUCGACCAGGUGAAGGGCGCGAUGGACGAAUGUAUCGCUAGCAACUCGUACCUGGACGUUUCCAACAUUCUACCUUCGGCUUUGAGUGAUGAAAAUAUCGACGAAAUACUUUCUCACGUGCUUACGCCGACGAUGCAAAAGCAAACGUAUGUUUUCGGCACGGUAGUGCUGACGGUAAAUUUUAUGGACGACUCAGUUAAAGGAUGCCAAGAGCUUGUCAAUGAGCACGCGAAACGUGCCGUUGAAAGUGGUAACUACCAGAAGUACAUUGCCGAGAAGAUGAUAAAGCAUCAGGACGUUGAUAAUUCAGCCGGUGGUGCGAUGGACGAAAGCAAGAUGGACAAACGAGAGGAACGUCGUAAGAAAGCGUCUAGCGGAAAAGGUGGCGGUGGAGCGCAAGGUCGUGAAACCAAGACGAAAUCAACAAAGAAGCAUGCCCGUGGAAAUAGGGGAAAUGUGUCGGAUUCGGAGGAAGACACAGAAGCCCAAUCCGGUGUCGGAGGCAAGAAGGGUGGAAAAGAACCCCACAUCGAGCUGAUUACGUGUAAGGAAAUCGCGAAGGUGGUAGGGAAGUUUCUUGAAUCCGAAGGCUUGGAGAUGUUGGCUCAGCCUCUGGCCAAUCAUUACUACCCCAUACUGAGCAAACAGGCUUUGGCAAAAGCGCAUGAGCUAUACGAGCUGUCGUUGCAGAAGAACAACCAGAAUCGUCGUCAAACGCACGCCAGCAUUCAGGAGAAGAUGAACACGCUGUACAAUGACAUUCGUCUGUACGAAAAGGGUCUCAAGCUGUUCCAACCCGACGUCCAAGGGCAGCUGUUGAAGUACCUCCUCAAAACGUUGGGCACGGAUGUUUGCAACGAAUUGUGCUUGUACGUCGCGGCCGAAUGCAAUCUUAACACCAACUACAGCUCAACGUUAACGACUGAACAGCGCAACAAAAUUGCCAAUGACUCCGAUCCGGAGUAUCGGGGCGCCCUGCAGACCCUCUGCAAGUCGCUGACGACGAGUGAAACUGUCGAGGAGUUUCUCGAGAAAACGGAAAAGGCGCUAAACGCAUGCAGCAUGAUGUUGAAGAAAAUCGACAAGAAAAAAGAUAGGAAUCUUAUUCUCUGCCACAAGCACGGCCUGCUGGAGCAGCUCACCAACUGCACCGAUCCGGCGCUGGUGCUUCAUCUGGCUGUGCUGAUUAUCUUCACCAUUUCCACGCAAACCAUGCUGCACGCUUCGGGCCGGCAUGUAUCGGCUAUCCUGAGUUUCCUACAGACGGCACUAAGUGCAGAGGAGUCGAAAACGUUCAAUACCUACCACGAUCUGGUAUUGAAAUUGUUGAGCGCGGAAAGUGCCACUUCCGAGGAAGCAAAAACCAAUGCCGAAGACAUAACUAGGCAGCUAAGGGAGCUGAUACCAGUCGUUAAAGGCAUCGCGGGCAACUUCAAGAAAGCUGGCGUAACACCGGUUGAGUAGGUGAAACGAUUUGGGCUGCUGUGAAGCGAUCACGUGGAAAUUGACUGACCAUGCGUAGACUUAUACCUACUUUGAGCGAA